AUGGAACUGUCAAAUUAUCCAAGGUCGAGGGGGCACGAAGAGGCCCCCCCAGCCCUCCUGCCUGAUCUGUCCCAAGUGAAAAACAGCAGCUUCAGUGCUUCCCAACAACAGGGUUACUCUGCAACCAUCUUUCUGCGCCGGAAAGAUAAACUAGAGAAGACUCAGCAGAAGUGCAUCGCCAUCUUUGCACUGCUAUGCUGCUUUGCUGUGCUAUUGGUGCUUAUCUUCUCCUCUGUGGAUAUUUGGGGGGACAGUGAGGAUGGAAUCACAGAAGAGAACUGUCGCACAGACUGUCGCAUUGUCCUUGUAGAAACAAUCCCUGAGGAGCUUAAAGAACACUUGAAUGGCGGACCCCACCUGUCACUCUUAGCAGGCUUCCACACUCUGCUGGACCAAGCAAAGCACUCAGUCCAGAUAGUGUCACCAGUCUGGAACUUGAGGACUUCAGAAACUAUGCAAAGCAGAGAAAGACUGGGUCAACCUUUAUUCCAGAGAUUGCUCAGCUUGAAAUCCCGUGGGGUCAAACUAAAGAUUGCCAGCAGUCUGACUAACUCUACAGAGCAAAAGAUUUUGGCAGAACACAACGCAGAGGUGCAUUUGGUUAACAUGACAGCUUUUACCAGAGGACAACUCCAUUCCUCAUUCUGGAUCAUAGAUCGGACACACUUUUACAUCGGCAGUGCUGACAUGGACUGGAGGUCAUUCUCCAAGAGAAAGGAGCUGGGCCUGAUGGUGUACAACUGCAGUUGUCUGGCUCUGGACCUUCACAGAAUAUUUUCUUUUUAUUGGCAACUCCAUGAUAGAGACUACAUCCCCUCAAUCUGGUCUAAGAGAGUUACAGCGCUCUAUGGGAAUCAUCAGGCCCUGGAGUUAGAGCUCAACAAUACCCCUGCAGUUGCAUAUGUCUCUACCUCUCCUGAUCUCUUCUGUGCUAAAGAGCGCACUAGAGAUGUAGAUGCUAUCUAUCACGUCAUGCAGAGUGCAAAUGCAUUCAUCUUCAUUUCUGUGACGGACUACCUCCCUCUGGUGACCAGGGGGCUUAGAGGAAUCUCAGUCACAAGGUACUGGUCACCGCUUGAUGAAAUGAUCAGAGAGGCUGUAGUUCUGAGAGGGAUCAAAGUUCGCCUGCUCAUAAGCUUCUGGAAGAACACUCACCCACUCACCUUCAACUUCGUCACCUCCCUUAAGUCACUGUGCGUGCAGCUAUACAAUUGUUCCUUAGAGGUGAAGUUUUUCAGUCAGAAGGAGAAAAAAGACGACGCUCAACAUGGGCUAAAUCACAACAAGUACAUGCUGACGGACAAUGCAUUUUACAUUGGGAACCACAACUGGGUGGGGAAUGAAUUUUCCGAUAAUGGUGGAGUCGGGCUAGUGGUCCAGAUGAAAAACGGAGGAGGGAAGGUCUUGGAACAAAUAAAAACUGCCUUUGACAGAGACUGGACUUCGCCUUAUUCUAAGAGCCUGCUAGGAAAUAAAGAUCAAGACAAUAAAUACAGACACCUGCACCAAGUGAAUACUAAGGAAGAGAACGAGUGGAAGAAUGGUCUUGUAGUCUAA